AAAGCUGGGGCGCACCGGCGGGCGGAGGCGGUAGCGCUGAGAGGGGCUGGGAGCUGAGCGAUCACCGCUGCCGCUCCGCGGAGCAGUGGGAAGAGUCCCCGCAGCGGCGGCCGAGAGGAGCCGCUGAGGCAGAGCCCGGCGAGCGCUCCCGCCGGAGGGAGCCGCCGGCGCCCUUCCUCCGGGAGGCUGCGCUCGCCCCCGGCCGCGGAGGAGCCGCCGCCAGGGCCGCGGCGAUGAUGUCGGGGCAGUCGAUCACCGACCGCAUCACGGCGGCACAGCACAGUGUGACCGGAUCGGCCGUCGCCAAGGCUGUGUGCAAGGCGACGACCCACGAGGUGAUGGGCCCCAAGAAGAAGCACCUGGACUAUCUAAUACAGUGCACAAAUGAAAUGAAUGUGAAUAUUCCACAGUUGGCAGAUACACUCUUUGAGAGAACUGCAAACAGUAGCUGGGUUGUAGUGUUCAAAGCUCUAAUUACAACACACCACCUCAUGAUGUAUGGAAAUGAGCGCUUUAUCCAAUAUCUUGCAUCCCGGAACACUUUGUUCAACUUAAAUAACUACCUGGACAAAAGUGCCAUGCAGGGCUAUGAUAUGUCUACCUUCAUUAGGCGAUACAGCAGAUACUUGAAUGAAAAAGCACUUUCAUAUAGACUUGUAGCAGUUGACUUCACCAAAAUGAAAAGAGGGAUAGAUGGAGUGAUGAGAACUAUGAAUCCUGAAAAGCUUCUGAAAACCCUUCCAAUCAUACAGAACCAGCUUGAUGCACUCCUUGAUUUUGAUGCAAAUCCAAAUGAACUAACAAAUGGUGUAAUAAAUGCUGCCUUUAUGCUCCUCUUUAAAGAUUCCAUUAGACUUUUUGCAGCAUACAAUGAGGGGAUUAUUAACCUUUUAGAAAGAUAUUUUGAUAUGAAGAAGAACCAGUGCAAAGAAGGCUUGGAUAUUUACAAAAAAUUUCUAGCCAGAAUGACCAAAUUGUCAGAGUUCCUCAAAGUAGCAGAGCAAGUUGGAAUUGAUCAGGGUGACAUUCCAGAUCUUACUCAGGCACCCAGCAGCUUGCUUGAGGCACUGGAACAGCAUUUGGCUUCUGUGGAGGGAAAGAAAACAAAGGAAGUCUCUGCUGCCAGCAGAGCCAGUGCCCUAUCUAGUGCUGUUUCCACACUUGCCAAUACAGGAAUGUCAUUCAGCCGCAUGGAUGAGAAAGAAAAGCAGCAGGCAUUGGAGGAAGAACAAGUUAGACUGCAGGCACUGAAGGAGCAGCGAUUAAGAGAAAUCUCUGUAGUAUCAAAUUCCACUUGCACAUCAGCAUCCCCAAGCACUUUAUCAGGAAAAAGUGUGAAUGCCACUGUAGCUGUUGACCUCUUUGCUGCACCAGCACCCACAACAAAUAGCAUGCCCAACCUUUCUAGUGAUCUUUUUGAUAUUCAGCCUGCAUUUGUUCCAACUGUGCAAAGUACUCCAGCUAUAUCAACAUCAGCAAGCAGUGCUUGGGGAGUUUUUCCUCUUCAUUCAGCUUCUCCAAGUACCACCUCUUCAGCAAUUAAUGUGGACUUCGAUGCUGUUUUCGGAGGAAAAUCUGCAGCACCAGAGUACAGGACUGCAAGUGAUGAUGUAAUGCAACCUACAGUACCACCACAAAGUCAAAGAGCUGCUGUAGCCAGCCAGCAAAGUGGAAAAAUUUUGGCAAAUGACCUUGAUUCUUCACUUGCUAAUCUAGUGGGAAAUCUUAGCUUUGGAGGAACUCCAUCCAAAAAAUCAGAUAUGCAGUGGUCUCAGCCUACAGAGAAAAAACUCACUGGUGGAACAAACUGGCAAGCAAAAACAAGCACAUCAACCACAUGGAACUCAACUCCCUUACCCACUAUUCCACACAUGGUACCUGCUCCUAUCACAUACCCAUUGACCACACCUCAAGUGCCUGUAUAUGGGAUGGUACCUCCUCAGGUUGGAGCUGCUCCUUUGAUGGCACCCCCUUCAAUGAUGUACACACAGCCUGGUCUAAGGCCAACAAAUCCUUUUGCACCUGUUUCUGAAACUCAGAUACAGUUUAUGUAGAGUCACCAAAGCAACAAGAUGCGAGAACAACCAAAUACUGGUAAAAAAAUUAAAAGACUGAAUUUCAAUCUUUCCAUGAUGUAUUCCUGAACAGGGCAACUGUUUAUUCCCUGUACAAUACUAUAUUGUUUUGAACUGCAAUGCUCUAGAGAUUCUUGUUUAUAACAGUCACUGCAGUGUGAAGACAUGUUUGUUUCCUGAUUUACGUUUUUUUUUUAAACUACUCAGUAGAAAACUAUUUUUAUUGAGGUUGACAUAGAAGGUGCAAGCUGGAUUAUCAUGUUCAAAAUCACAUAGAAGGUUAGCUGAUUGCUCUACAACCUUAAUCAUCAGUGGAUUACCUUAGGAAUUGGUUGAGAAUGUUAAAGCUAUUUAUUUUAUUCGUAAAUUCUGUGGCUGUUGUAACCAAGACACAAUGUGAAAUCAAGUUGAGCAAUUAAACUUAUGUGCUCUGAUAAAUACUCUGAUAGAGCAACGCUUGCAUUAUCAUAAUGCCAUCAUUGUGUGGAAUCAGACAGCUUUUUCACACUUAUAGUAAUUUGCAAACUAUAAUGUAAGUUUGAAAUGCUGUGAAUCAACAAGACAUAUAUUGCAUACACAGAUACAGUUAAAAAUAAUAAAUUGCUCCAUUGGUAUGUCAGUAUUACAGGGCUAAGUAAAAAGAGUUAGCAACUGCAAGGCUGCAAGUCUGUGAUGGAGUAGGGGAAAUGAGUGUGUUCCAGAACAGCUCGCACAGCCUUCAACAGGUGCCAGGAGCUGCACUUCCACGGGUACCUUCUCUGCAGGUGACAUCUCCCACCAUGGGCUCAGGGAAGAGCAGCCUUGGGAGCCAGUGUUUGUCAGUGCCCCAACUACAGCACAUGGGAGCAGUCAGAGAGUCUUGUUGAUUACUGCAGUAGAGGGAAGAGAGCCAAUUCUUCUUUCUAAAGUCCAUUAGGUCAAAAGACUCAAACCUUGCAGUCAUGCUGAUACUUGUGAACUGGCAAUGAUUUUGAAAUUAUCCAGCUGUAGAAAAUAGCUUGUGCUUCUUUUUUGAAAUAAGAACCUAGCUGUAAACCAUAUAAAAAUAAUUAUUUUUAAAUGUGUAAAUAAGUGUAAACUUUUAGAUAGUUGUUUCUUUGAUGCUGCAGUAAUCUUUUCCUUCUGUAGUGAUUUCAAGGUAAAAAUGCUACAUUAAGAAAUCUGGACUCUUUUUGAGAGGAAAAUCUUUAAAAUCAACUAAUUUAUGAGGUAUUGUUCACAAUGGGUCAGAUGUGUACAGACUUCUGGAACAUAUUUUGUACUUAAGAAUCUUCCUCCAGAACUGAAAUGGGCUAUGAAAAUGCCUUAUCUUAUAUUUUUCACUGUCUGAUAAAAAUUAUUGCAUUAAAAAAACCCAGUAGUUACAAUUAAGUAGAUAGAAGCAGGAACAACCUUUCCUCCGGAAGUUUUGUGGCAAAAUGCAAUGAAAAGCUCUCCUGUAAAAUUACUUCUAAUAAUGAUUAACAUUAAAGCUGAAUUUUCUAUUGUUACAAUAGACCUCCAGCAUAGUAUGUCCUUUAUCCUUCGGAGAGUCUGUAAUUGUAGAAACCACUCCAAUCACGAAUUGUAUCUCUCACUCUCACUAUAAAUGCAGAUAGGCCUGAGAACCUUGUCAAACUCUCCUGUAGAGAACUUCUAAAUUAAGCACAUUCCUCAGAGUGAGAACAACCCUUCUAUUUUUCUAAAUGCUUAAUUCUGUCCAAAGAGUGCAAAAAUAGUAUUUCUUAACCCUAUGGUAAAUAUUUUGCCCAAUGAAUCAAUACAAAAGAAACAAAAUAAAACUCUUCCCCCCAACCCUUGGAAUUUUUAACUGCUGAUUUCCUGGAAAAUGCAACCUUGCAGAAAUUUAAAACUCAGUGUUCCUUGAUGUAUAUUGAUUUUGAAAGAAUUUGGACUAGUAUAUGGUAGUUUAAUGUUCAAGUUUGAAUUACAAAGGGCUUCAAGCUUUAAUCCACCUUUAUUGGAUUGAACAAUUAUACAAUUUUAAGCCAAUGAGUUCUUCAGUGCCUAUAGUUGCCCUCCACAUGAUGAGGGAAUAGAUGCCAUUUAGAAUAGGUAGUUGUGUUGAGGGAACUGUUUCUUUAAGAAGUAGUGAAUUCCAUAGAUUCAUUCAGCAAUCAAAAGUCUUGUGUUCAAAUUAGAUCAGUCCAUGUAUUUAUAAAUGUCUGGACAUAAAUGGCAGAAGUGAGAGUGUUACAAGCAGGCAGUUCCUAGCACUGCAAGCUGUAAGGUCUCUUUCUUACACUGAGUUGUAUAAGUAAUAGCACAUUAUUUUAAUAAAAUAUGCAAAUAAACGCCUGGCAAGCAGUAUAUCUUUGUUAUAACUUUAUUUCAGAGCAUUUUAAAUAUCUGGAAUAUACUUGGCUCAGAAAUGGAUUUUAGUACUGGCUAAUAGCUUGUACUAUUUCUUAUUUGCUCUGGAUCUUUUAAUGAUUCUUUUGGUCUGCUUUCUUGUAGCAAAGCUGUCUGAUACCAAUUUAUUAGUAUUAAAAAAGGAGAAACAGCCACAAAGUGUGUUUUAAAAACUUAAUCUACCUUCUUUUGAUGCUUUGAAACACAGCUUUCAAGUUGAUCCUUGUGAAGCAAAGAUUGCUGUGAUCUUUCUCUCUGCACACGAGCGUGCAGACCUGGGUUUUGCCCGCCUCUUCCUUGUGUGUAUAUUGGAACAUAUAAAAUGGCAGGGUAUGUGUUUAAAUAACAUAUAUGAGAAGUGAAAAACAAGGACUUAGGAUGCUGCCAAGGCUUUUAUGGUUAUUCUCAAAAAAAAUUGCCCCACUUUGAAUACCAAGGUUGUUUUUGAGGGUGACUGUACCAGCCUGCAGAAGCUGUGAACAGUAGCUGUGAUGAGUGAAGAGAGCUGUAUAUAAAUGUGACUUUCCUUCCAACUUGGAUCAGAAUCAUAUUCUGAAUACUUCAGGAAGCUGAUAACUAAGAUGUCUCUCCAUGUUUGUCUGAAUGAGGAGGAAGACUUUGAUGUGUGCUGUACACUUCGCAUUAUUGUACUUUAGUGGGUCACUUGAGCCUCACUGUUUGGACUUGGUGCUGCUACAGGCAGUCUAUCAUGGAGCAUGCCAUAGGAUGACUUCUGAGGGACUUUGGAAAGGUGGAUUUUGUGAGGCCUCUUGGACUUGAACGUGCACCUCUAAAUAACUGGGGUUUUCUUAUGUUCUCUAGAUAAUAGUUUGACUUUGCCUCCAAGAAGUUACUGGGUUUUUUUUUAAAUAAAUGUUGGAAAUAUGUACUAGAAAAAAGCUCUGAUCUGUGCAUAUAGUGGUGGAAUAUUUGUAGGUAAAAUAACAAAUGGACUUUGUGUAAGAAAAAACAAAACCAACAGCAAAAACCACACACACACAAAAGUAACAACAACAAAACUUCUGACAAGAUUGAAUACAGGGUGUAUCUAUCCCCAGCUGGAUCUUUUGAUGUGUGACAGGGACAGGGGGGUUACAAUUAGAAUAAUAGGCACUGUGGAUCGGUGCUUGAUUUGUACAUAAAAAGGAAAACUUAGUUUGGGGUAGUUUGUAUUGUAAGGAUAACAUCUAAAGGCACUGUAUCACUCGUUUAUUUCCAUUGAAAAGAUUAUAUUUUUGAGCAAUGGAAACUGUACAUUUUAUCAUUUAUACAUUACUGAUAGCUAGGAAUAUAGAAAACCUGUUGCUAUGACUGAAGAUGUUAUAGAUCUGUACAUUGCUGCAUCACUACUUUAUUCAGAUUCUCAUAAUCAUUUAUUUAAAGAGAUUGUAGUAACUGAUUAAAGGUUACUACAUUUAUAUUACGUAAAUUCCUGUUACAACAGGAAUUGUAACAUCAAAUCUUUCAGUAUAUAUCAGAUGUGUAUCCUUGUGAUUAAACUUAAUCCUUGACCAAAUGUUUGGCUGGAAUUUCAUCUUGGAACAAUGACAAAAUAGGUGCUGGAACAGAUUUCCCUCACCCCAACCUCAACAUUAUUUAUUUAAUAGGUCUUGUAUGUUAUGUUUUCCCCCAUGACAGGUUUGUGCCUUUUAUUGGAUAUUUAUUUAAAAGGAGCUAUGAUAAUUUAGGUUGCUUUUUUCAGAUGUAUUCUUGUACAGCUGUUCCUUUAUGUGAGUUCCCUCAUUUUAAAAGAAUACAGAAUGUGUGAAAAAUAUACUAGCCACAAACUGGAAAAAAAAAUCUAAGGAUUUAUGUUCUAUGAAUAAUUUUUUUAAAUAUAAGCCUAAGCACAAGACUGGCUGCGUUGAUAUUUUAAUUGUGGAACUUCACAAUUUGUUAAUAUGCAGAUUGUUCAUUUUUUAAAAAAACCUGCAUUUAUCCACAUAUUUGAUGAAACAAGUUUUGGAAAAAAAUAAACUUUGGCAUAUGCAA